AGUUGAACUCCGCCUUUCUCCACCAUUUCCUCGUAUUAUACUAAUAAUGGCUACUAGUUCGAUCCGUGUACAUCCGCAGCCAAGGAAAGGAAAUCGAAGGAGAACAGCUACGGCGAGUUCCUCUCCAGAGAACUCCUUUAUUCAUCCCCCAACUUCUCCGCAUAGUAUUUGUAAGUUAACAAAGGAGGAAAGACACAGAAGGUUUUGAAGCUAGGGAAGCGCGAACCAUGACUACCUCCUACGCCUCGUCAUCGGCUGGCGUGGGAGCUCCUCUUGCCGGAGGCCAACGCCCGACCACCGAAACGCACGUCGAUGUGAAAGACCUGCAGGAGGCGAUACUUCAACUCCUCCCCACACACCACACCGGUGAGGGCCCCUUCUACGUGGAGGUAAGCGGCCCGGCGGACCCUUCCGAGACGUUAAUUCGCUACGACAUCCCGUACGCACCGGGCGACCCAAAGCGUUCGCUGAAGCUGCGCCGCAGUCACGGCCUCGGCGCAGAGGAGCGCGUCGUCGACCCGAAUGUGCGCGUUGUCAUCGACAGCUUCAUCACGCCCCGUCGCUGGGUGGACGCCGAAACCGGUGUGAUGUGGGUCCAGCACGCGAGCGCGUUUGUAUCGUCGCGGAUUGAGGCGGCGGAGACGCAGGCGCGACUGCACGAGCAGCUCGCGGCCCAUCAAGCCCGCACCACCGGCACGAGUCCCAUCCGCUCCCUCCUCGUGGCGGAGUGCAUCUUGGAGGUGCUGCGACAGGUGACGGCGGAGUGCUGGGAGCGCGGGCUGCUGCUGCUGCACGUGCACUCGGAGCGAGUGGCAGCGCAGGCGGCGCAUCGUCGCUUGUUUGAGAGCCGCGUGGGGCACGCCUUUCGUCUGGCGCUGAAGGGCGAGAAGGACGUGGCGAAGGUCGAGGAGGACAUGACGCAGCUGCGGCAGCGCGUGGAGCUGCUCGAGCGGGAGGAGGCGGAACUGCGACAGAAGUGCAACGAGUUUGAGGCGUACGCGGAGGAGCAGUUGCUGAUUGCGAAUAAGAAGCACAGCGACGCGCUCGUGAAGCUGAAGAAGGAGGGGGCACUGAAGCGGGCGCAGCUGGAGCAGCAGCUUGUCAUUCCAGCAAACCUUCAGUAA